CCGAAUAUAUGAGAGUUCUUGCCCAAGAUGUUCGCGCAAGGAAGUACGGCAAAGACGAGAGCAGGUCCGCUCGUCCAGCCAUGAGACAAAGGACUCGUGAAAAUGUUGAUCUUGCUCGUCAAUCCGAGCAAAGACUCGACUCCUUAUGGGCAAAUUUUGAUCAGGUCUUGCGGAAGUAUGGGCUGGCACCAUUUGCUCCUGAUGCACGUCUUCUUGAAACGAUUCAGCGGACACCGCCAUGGAAUGAUUCGGAACUGAGCAAGACCUCAGCCAGAGCGCCCCUUCCACUCGCGCAGAACCUCACACUCGCAGAGGACCUCAAGGCUUGGUACAGAGAUUUACAGGUCAACAAUGAGCGCACACUGGAAGGCGCUCAGACGACAGCUCCAGCCAAAAUCAAAUUGAAAACUCGAGGCGUGGGCGUGGGGCAUCGCUCUGUGGGAAUUCAAACGAGCUGACCAUCGACUGAGUCGGUGACACCGCCAUCCACCCUCCACAUGAAUGCUCGCGCCUUGAAAACUUUCGAGGCCAUAUUAUUCACUCCCGGGCCGAGUGCCGUGCCCGGAGAGAUCCCCUGGAAGAAUUUCGUAAGUGCAAUGGUCAGCGCGCUGAGCGCGGGUUUCCGAGCGGAGAAAUUGUACGGGUCGGUCUGGAAGUUCGAUCCCUUAAAAAUUGCGGUUGAGCGGAGUCGCAGCAGCAUCAUCUUCCACGAGCCUCAUCCAAGUGACAAGAUUCCUUAUCGCACUGCUCGCCGUCAUGGCCGUCGUCUGACUCCGGCGUUCGGCUGGACUGGGGAAACCUUCGUCCUUGCAGAGAAGGUCACGUUAAUUGCUCAGAAAUUCUCAAAGGGCGCUGCUGUGGGCUUCAAAUCUGAUCGAUGAGAUGCUGCGUUGAUCACGCUUCGCCUUGACUUCUGGUAUCUCAAAGUAU